AUGAAUCCUUAAAAGGUAAGAAAUGGACCCAAUUUCAUGUAAUAACUUAAUAAGAAAAAACAUGUAGAUUGCGCAUUGAGUUCAAACUCUGAUUCAUCAGAUGAUGAGGUUGAUGAAAUUGUUGCUAUCAAAAAAGAUGUCCAAAAACAAGUAAUCAUUCCUAAAAAUCUUAGAGAUUCUCAGUCUCUGCUGAAGCUUAUGGAUAAUUCAAUAAAAAGGAGAACUUUAAAGCCAAAUUUAUUCCUAAAAGUAAGGAGUAAUCUGAACGAAUUAAGCAAAGAAUGCAAGCAGGAUUCAUGUUUAGUGCAUUAAAUGAAAAGGAAAUUGAAAUUGUUGUUGGUGCCAUGGAAGAAAAGAUCUUCCAUAAAGCAGAAUAUGUGAUUAAAUAAGGAGAAGAAGGAAAUGUACUCUAUGUUGUCGAUACAGGUGAAUUGGAUUGUUUUAAGAAUUAUGGGAAAGGAGAUGUCUUCCUUAAAACAUACUAUCCAGGGGAAAGUUUUGGUGAAUUAGCAUUAUUAUUUUAAUCUCCAAGAGUAUCUUUUUCUAUUCAAUACAUUAGGCUGCAUCCAUUAUUGUAAAAAGUGAUAAAGCUAUCCUUUGGUAAUUAGAUAGAGAAACAUUCAAUCUUAUUGUAAAGGAAGCUUCAAUCAAAAAGAGAUAAUAAUUCGAGACGUAAUUACAAUAUAUUUAAAUCAAGCUUUCUUGAAAAUUGGGAUUUGCUCAAAGAAAUUAAAGAUCCAUAUGAUAAAUUGAAAAUGAGUGAUGCAUUAUUCGAAAAGUAAUAUAAAAAGGGAGAUGUAAUUCUGUAAUAAGGAUAAAAAAGCUAAGAAAUAUUUAUAUUAGAAUAAGGAAGAGUGAGUGUGAAUAAAGAUAAUUGUAAAAUUCUCUGUAUAUCAUAGAAAAAUUGUUUGAAUUGAUUAAAUUGGGGGAGUAUUUUGGAGAUCAAAGUAUAGUAGCAGGCACGAUAGAAUCAUUUAGCUAUGUGGCAGAAGAUGAUAUGAAAUUAAUGUAUAUCCCUAAGAAAAGUUACUCGUCAACUCUCAAAGAAAUAGAAAGUACUUUAAUGAAGAAUAUUUAAAAUAAAUAUGGAAAAUAUUUAUGA